GGCUUGAACACUAGAGCUCAGAGAGCGGUGGAGGAAGAACAAACGCAUAGAGCCUAACACCUGCCAGACUAUUUUACUAUUUUAAGUGUUAAUAUUUCCUGGAUUUGUCUAUGCCUGGAUUUGUCAUUCCGGAGUUUUCAGGGGACGAUGACUUAAAUGAAAACGUGAGAGAUUUCUAAAGCAUCACGUAAUUUCCAUGCAUGUAAUUUGAGGAAAAGUGCUCUCUGCAUGAAGCAAACUUUUUGACAACUUGCGAAACCUUACCAAGCAGUGGGUCUACGUGAAGCAGUAUUACACGUUUACAUUGCCUACGGUGAUACACAUUUUCUACUAUUAGUUUGGAGGCAGAUUUCAAACGUUAUCAUUUUCGGAAGGCUAAACAACGCCACAGAAUGUGACAUCUACUGUCUCGCGACGACGCCGACUGAGCAUACCUGCAUUGCAAGACUCCAAAGGUUAACUCUGCCUUCAUUGCUAUGGAGACCACCCAAGCGCUCCUCUUCUUUCUCCUGAGUAUAUGUGUCUACAGUUGCCAUGCCGACGCUCGGACUGCUCCCAGAGUGCAUUUGUCUUACAAAGAGCUGUUGGAGACGCGGACGGCACGGCCCUUCUCCUUCUCCUUCAACACCAGUGACUACCGCAUCCUGCACAUGGACCAGGACCAGGGCCGUCUCUACCUGGGCAGCCGGGAGUAUCUGGUGGCCCUGGACAUGCACAACAUCAACAAGGAGCCCCUCAUAAUUCACUGGCCGGCCACUACCCAGAGGAAAGGAGAGUGUAGAAUGACUGGAAAGGGUGGGCAGGGGGAGUGUGCAAACUUUGUGCGUCUGAUUGAACCCUGGAAUCGCACACACCUAUACACCUGUGGCACAGGGGCCUAUAAGCCUAUCUGCACCUUCAUCAACAGAGGAUGGAGAGCAGAGGUACGGACACACACAUGCACACAGACACACACACAAACAUUCCUACCUCCAUAUAUUGUCCUCUCUGUGCAGGAGUACCUGUUUAGGCUGGUCCCUGGCUAUGGGGACUCAGGGAAAGGGAAAUGCUCAUAUGACCCUCGACAGGAGAACGCUGCGGCCCUUAUCAAUGGGAAUCUGUAUGCAGGGGUCCACGUUGACUUCAUGGGCACGGAUCCGGCCAUCUUUAGAACCCUGGGGGACAGACCUGCUGUCAGGACGGAGCAAUAUGACUCCCGCUGGCUGAAUGAGCCAGUGUUUGUUAAGAUCCAGCAGAUUCCUGACAGCUCCGAGAGGAAUGAUGAUAAACUCUACUUCUUCUUCCGGGAGAAGAGUCUGGAUGGUGCCGGGGGGGCCAGCCCCAGUGUCCUGGCCAGGGUGGGCCGAGUAUGCCUGAAUGAUGAUGGGGGUCAGAGGUCACUGGUCAACAAGUGGACGACCUUCCUGAAAGCUCGGCUGGUGUGCUCAGUGAUAGGGAGCGAUGGUGUGGAGACCUAUUUCGACGAGCUGAAGGAUGUCUUCAUUCAGCCAACACAAGACCUUCGCAAUCCUGUCGUGUACGCCGUCUUUUCCACUGCGGGUUCUGUGUUUAAGGGCUCAGCCGUGUGUGUCUACUCUAUGUCCGACAUCCGCAAUGUCUUCAAUGGCCCUUUCUCACACAAGCACGGACACAACUACCAGUGGACCCCCUACACUGGAAAGAUCCCCUACCCUCGCCCUGGAACAUGUCCAGGAGGAACGUUCACCCCAGGCCUCCGCUCCACCAAGGAGUUUUCGGAUGAGGCGGUGAACUUUGUGAGGGCGCACCCCCUCAUGUACCACUCUGUCUACCCCAUACACAAGAGGCCUCUGGUGGUGCGAACGGGGGUGGACUACCGCUUCACCUCCAUCGUGGUGGACCUGGUGGAUGCUGUGGACGGGAGGUAUGAGGUGCUCUUCCUGGGCACUGAUCGUGGGACAGUCCAAAAGGUGAUAGUACUUCCUAAAGACACUAGCACAACGGAAGAGCUCACAUUAGAGGAGGUGGAGGUGUUCAGGAAUCCAGCUCCUAUUAAGACUAUGAAGCUAUCAUCAAAAAGGCAACAGCUGUAUGUGUCGUCAGAGAUGGGGCUUACCCAGGUGUCCCUGCACAGGUGUGGCGUCUAUGGGAAGGCCUGUUCAGACUGCUGCCUGGCCAGAGACCCUUACUGUGCCUGGGAUGGGGAGACCUGCUCUGCCUUUAGCCCCUCCACCAAGAGGCGGAGCAGAAGACAGGAUAUUAAGCAUGGAGACCCCUUGCGGCAGUGCAGAGGGUUCAAUGCAAAAGUUGAGAAGCGUCUCAGUGAAACAGUGCAGUUUGGGGUGGAGGGGAGUAGCACUUUCCUGGAGUGCCAACCCAGAUCUCCACAAGCGACAGUCAAAUGGCUCUACCAGAAACCAGACGGCAGGAGGAAAGUGCUGAGCCGAGACAGAGAGGUGCUGAAGACUGGUCACGGCAUCCUGCUUAAGUCUUUGAGUCAUGCCGACGGGGGGCUGUACAACUGCCUGGCCACCGAGAACAACUUCAAGCACACGGUGGCCCGCGUGGCCCUCCGCAUCCUGGACCGGGAGAUUGUGGAGGCCCUCACCUCCCCGGACGGCCCCCCGGAGGACCAGAACCCCCAUCACCACCGACACCCCCACCACCACCCUCCGCCUCCACCACCCCCUCCUCACAACCUGCCCCCGCAGUUCUCCUCCCAGCCGGAGAUCCGCCUCAUCAACCAGUACUGUCAGUCCUACUGGCAGCAGCUCAACCUCAACCUGCCCACCAAACGCACUAGCAGGAGGCACACUGAGAGCCAGCCAGAGCCAGCCCCGGGGGCCCCUAGGCAGUCCUAAACCCCAUCUCCCUCCCUCUACUCCACUGGUACCUGAGCCAGGCCCUGUAGGGCCACUGUGGCCCUGCACAAUGGUAACGGGCAGACUCACUCAUGUUGUUGUGAUUUUGUUGUUGUUGUUGUUGUUGUUUAUCUCACUCCCAUUUAGGGUUAGUCUCCAUGAGCCCAAUUCUAACUUUAGAUCUGUGCACAUAGCUCUGUGGUUUCUUGCAAAAUUGGUGUUACACACACUGAGUGUUUGGUCAUAUGAAUCUUUAGAUUCAUCUGCAAAUGAACUACGCUAUUCCGUCCAAGCUAGUAACCUGGUUAGUAACUAGUUAGAGCCUUGAAUGCUGAUUGGCUGACAUCCGUGGUAUAUCAGACCGUAUACCACAGGUAUGACAAAACAUUUAUACUUCCUGCUGUAAUUAUGUUGGUAACCAGUUUAUAAUAGCAAUAAGGCACCUUGGGGGUUUGUCGUAUAUGGCCAAUAUACCAAGGCUAAGGGCUGAAUCCAGGCCCUCUGCGAUGCUUAGUGCCUAAGAACAGCCCUUAGCCAUGGUAUAUUGGCCAUAUACCAUACCCCCUCAUGCCUUAUUGUUUAAGAAUGUCACAUUGUAUUGUAUCACUCAGUGUAAGAAAUUUUAGAAACUGCAGAGGAUUUUGUUAGUGUACACAAUAGUUGCCUAGCCACCACCAUGGUAGUGAGGUGAUAUAGAGACACUGUAUCAUAUGAAUCAUUGUAAAAUGUGUCACAUGUUGUAUGGCUGCCUCAACCUCACUUUUUACAAUCCAUUUGUUCCACUGAAUCUAGUUGAUGAAACAUGGGCAAUUUAAUAGUAUUACGUAUAUUAUGUUUCCAUUCUAAAUAUUGUUACAAUAGAAUCCUGCCAAUGUCAAGUCAGAAAGAAUAAGGCUCAGGGUCGUUCUUGAAUUGCGGUGGCAUCUGGCCUUGGCAUUUUGGCAAAAAUAGUUUUUUAAUGUUUAAAAAAUGGGUUCUAUUCUAAAUCAACUAAUGUGGAAGUUUAAUGACUAAUUAUUUGUACCAUUAUGAUUACAUUGUGCCACCAGUAGGAGUAGUGACAGCAAUUACUGUCACCCCAAUGACUGUCACACCAAUGACUGUCACCCCAAUCAAUGACUGUCACACCAAUGACUGUCACCCCAAUGACUGUCACACUACUGACUGUCACACCAAUGACUGUCACCCCAAUGACACAUUUAAGGUAAUAGAGGAUUUUCUUAAAUGGAGGCCACAAAUGUUCAAAUCUAAGGUCACAAUGUAAUUUCCCUUCUUUUAAAUUGAGUAACACCAAUGACACUUUCCAUUUACAUAUACUAAAUGAUCAAUGGAAUCCUCAAAUUUGUGACAUACUAAAAGGGUGUGAUUAGCUAAUAACUUUCUUUAAUAUAGACCCCUAUAUAGACCCCUCCCCAAUAACAAUUUGCCGCUCGAGGGAUUGCUAAAUGUCCUUCUAUAACACCAAUGACAUAAAACUUAGGGUCACAUAAUAUUUGUAAAAAAAUAAAAACAAUAAUUGGUUUUAUUGUUCUUUGCCAGGGAUGGGCAACGGCGGCUCACUUUUGUAGGCCCGUGGAUCCCCCCAACUUCAUGUUGAGAGGAGAGUUAGAAUAGUAGAAUACACAAGGUGCAAUUUAGAAAUUUGGUUGUGCAUCAGCAGUUUUUCUCUUGUUUUGUUAGUCACUGACAGUCACUCAAUUAGCUCAUGUUUAGGUUGGCAGGUAGCCUAGUGGUUAAGAGUGUUAGGCCAGUAACCAAAAGGUCACUGGUUUGAAUCCCUGAGCCGACCAGGUGAAAAAUAUCUGCCGAUGUGACCUUGAGCAGAUCUAUGUCAGGUUGGACUUUGCAUGAAUCCACUGCUCUUUCUCUCACCCACGCCAUGAAACAUAUUUUUUUGAGACUGUACAUAUUCCUGUAAGUUCUGCAUUUUGGUGGUGGGGGUGUAAGGGAUGGGAUGGGGUAGGGGGUAUUAUUAUGAUCUAUUGUUGAUUGACAGGACCAAUAUUCACAGAAAGAGGCUUUCAUGAAAAAUAGGUAGACCUUUUUGGAAAUGAAACAUAUAAAUAUUUGAAUGAAUAAAUGAUUAUGGAUAGGAAGCCGUAAUACUGUAGUACAGCAACGUGCUGAGCAGGGCACUUAACCCUAGUUGCUCUGGAUAAGAGCAUCUGCUUAAAUGUUUCACCAAAACAUAUUUUUUUGAUAGCUGGCUAAACUAACUCACCUAUCUAAAUCUGUAGUAAUUAUGAUUGAAUUACUGACUUUGAUUUUGUUAGUCACACUCACUCAGAUAUCAUAGGAAAUUAGCUGUAAAACUCCAAAUGAUUAUCUCCUCUCCAUGGCAAAAUGAGUAGAAUUGCAUGAAAUUUGUGGGCCCCUCAUGAUGAGUUCAGAUUUUUGGUGGCCCCCACCCCUAUCCAAGAUGUCCAUCCCUGAUCUAAAAAUAUACGAUAUACUUUUGUUUACUUUCUAGAAUUCAAAUUAAUAGAUAGAUAACCCUAAAACAUGUUACUACAACUCUACUCAUCACUACUGGGACAAUCCAGUUUGCUUUCCCUAAAUACUUUAAACAAUGCCUAAACAUAAAGUCUUGCAGUAUAAAGUACUUGCAUUAUAAUUUGUCAUUUAUAAACAGUUCAAUAUAAACAAAAGCAUGGAUGAUGUGUAACUAUUUGUCUUUUUCAAUCGUUUUUCAUGGUGGCAAAAGCGAUGGACGCAAAUGCCACCGCAAUUCAAGAAUGACCCGUUUACAUGUUUUUCGUCUGCCAUUUCUUAAGAUUCUGAUAUAAUCUAUUUUAAAACAUGACAUUUCACAGAAAAUGUGGAAUAUCAGACACUCCUGCUUAAUUUGACCAAACAUUUGUUAGCAGGAAGAAACUGACCAAAUUAGUCUCUAUUUCUUUUUAUUGGUUGGACUCCUGGGGUUAUUCAAUUGUUAUUGUUUUUUAACCCAAUACUAUACUUACUAAACACAAAACCAUUAGUGUCAGCUAAAAAGCUAUCCAAAUCUAAUGUUUGAGUAAAUUGCUUCGACCUUUGUGCUUCUUUCUGCUCAGCACUUCAACAGUGUGUUAGGCAGAGACCAAAUUUUGGACCAAACACUGUUCCAUUCUCCAGCCAAGACUAUCAAGGGAUUAAAAAAUGAACAUGUACAUAGAGCAAGUUUGGUUUGGAAUGACUCAUUCAGAAAAAGAGAUUCAUUAGCUGUUGAUAAUUUCAGCAAGAAAAGAAAAUGGAGACAGCAUAGGGGUUUUCCAUUGUGUUGCUUCGAAAUGGCAGUACAUAUUCUCUCUUCAGUGGGAGUUACAUUACUUUUACAACAGCUUGACAUCAGAUGAGAAACUGAUCCAACAGAAACUGGACUGGAAGGCUCUUUAAAAUGUGACUAUGUGACAUGGCCACACUGUAUUUUUCUUGUCCUCUAGAGAUGAGUCAUUAGUAUACUCACUAGCACUCACCUGGCUCUAUCAUGUGCUUUUGUUGGAUACCACACGUAUUCAGUGCAUUCAUAUGGUAUAAAUACAUGUAAAGGACUUUUAGAUCUCACAGAUCUAUGUCAGGUUGGACUUUUCAUGAAUCCACUGCUCUUUCUCUCACCCACGCCAUGAAACAUAUUUAUUUUGAGACUGUACAUAUUCCUGUAAGUUCUGCACUUUGGUGGUGGGGGUGUAAGGGAUGGGAUGGGGUAGGGGGUAUUAUUAUGAUCUAUUGUUGAUUGACAGGACCAAUAUUCACAGAAAGAGGCUUUCAUCAAAAAUAGGUAGACCUUUUUGGAAAUGAAACAUAUUAAUAAAUAUGAAUCAAUAAAAUAUGAAUAAAUGAUUAUGGAUAGGAAGCCAUAAUACUGUAGUACAGCAACGUGCUGACAGAUUACUCAACUCUGAAGCCAAAGAAUCCUCUAUUUGAAUGAAAACGUGUUCUAUUUAAAGGUCCAAUGGAGCCAUUUUUAUAUCAAUAUCAAAUCCUUUCUGGGUAACAAUUAAGUACCUUACUGUGAUUGUUUUCAAUUAAAAUUGUAAAAAAUAAACAAAAAUAGCUUCUUAGCAAAGAGCAAUAUUUCAAGCAAUAAUUUAGCUUGGACUGUCUGGGAGUUGUGGGGCCUAAUUGGAGGGAUAUGUAACCUGAAAACUAGCUGUUAUUGGAAGAGAGGUUUACAACUCUUUGUUAUUGGUCUAAUAACUUAUAACACCUGGUAAUGUCGCCAGGCAGACCAAAACUCCAUCCCACUAAAACAGACAGAAAUUUCAGGUGGUCUUUUCAAACAGCUCUUACACUAAAAGUGCAUUAUGAUAAUUUUCACAAUUUCACAGUAUUAUUCCAACCUCAUAGUGUGGAAAUAUAAAUAUAAAACACAGAAAAUCACAUUUUUGACUGCACUGGGCCUUUAACAUAUUUUUCACUAUAUUCACGUUCUUUGUGGCUUUACAAGGCUUCUUUGUCUUUUCUUAGCUAUAGAGUUUGAAUCCAGAAAUGUCUACCUGUCUCGUUUCUGGAAUAUUAUUUGUAAUAAAACAAAAGUCACUCAAACAAAACAAUGUAACGCUUGGUACCAUAUUCCUUCUAGAGUAUGUCUGUGACCUGAUUCAAGAGUGACAUGAGUAAAUUAACAUUUUAAAAGGGAGUUACGGGUGAAUAACAAACCCAUUUCAUUCAGUAACUAUACAAUUAUUUUGUUCCCAAAACUAUUCAUUGGUGUCAGCCAUCUUGGCCUUUCCACUCCCUACUGCGUCUAACCAGUCAGCCAAUCAGAGUGGCUUAUAUGCAAGCCACAAUGGUUGGCUUCAGCAGGAAAUUCCACUGUAGCUUAGUGCAGGUCACAACCCUUCGCAGAAGGAAUACUGUGCAUUUAGCGGUUCUUUGUCUUGCUGUUUUUUGGGCUUGUGUGUUUGUCAUUGAGCUACGUUGACUCUAUCUGUGUUUUUUCUUUGUACUUGUAGAUGUGUUUGUGUUAGUUUAAAUUGAUAUGGUUGUUUGUAAUAAAUAUUAUUUUAUUAUUAUGA